AUGCAUGUAAAUACUGUGAUUACCCACGGAUCCCGCAACCCCUCUCCCACUAACUCCCCCAGCACACACAAUCGCUGUCCUCCUCUCACUGGGGGAGGAGGCCCCCUGGCUCUGCCCGCGGCUCUCUCUUUCUCCCUCCCUUUCCAGCUCCUCUUCUCUCGCCCAGGGCGGAGUUUCCUCCUUCUGCUCAUUGUUCCAAACCGGAGUGCCCGCCCAGCCCCUCCGCCGCCGCCGCCGCCGCCUCGGGCGGCUCCUGGGGGGAGGGGAGGGAAGGGGGUGUGGGAAGGGGGGGAGGGACGGGACAUACGUGAAGAAGCGCCUUGUAGCCACCGCCCCCAGCCCCAGCAUUGCCCACCCCGCCUCGGAUACGGCGGCAGUCAGUCCCCUCAGGCUGCUCGCCCGCCGCAAGCUCAGCGCCCGGACUGCGCUACGCACCCAGCCCCGGCUCUGCGGCAGCAGGAGGAGGAGCGGGAGCUGCAGAGAACGCGCGGCACCCGGCCGCGGGGACCCAGAGCAGUCGCGCCACCGACCAAGCUGCCCCUCGCCGCGCCGGGGACGGCGACAGCGGAGUCCGGACCGCGCUCCCCGAUUCCGGGACCGGAGCCUGUCCGGCACAACUCCCGCAGCCACCUGCUCCGGAGGCCCGGCUGCGAGGACAGGAUGCGCUCGGCGCCGCUACUGCCGCCGCUGCUGCUGGUGCUGCUGAUGCUGCCCAGUGGAUGGGGAAAUGGGGCAACAACAUCCAGGGAAGUAACAACUGCUCUCGCUACCACCAUCACCAAUGCUGGAGGUAUCCAGGCUACACACACUUCAGGAACCGGCAAAUCUCUGAACACAAAAACCAUACAGCCAACUGACUCUUCAGGAAUCAAGAAGUCAACUAGCCCUAACCCCACAAUGACUUCUUCACUCCAACUUCAAGGUUCAUCAUUUCUCAAAUCCUCAUCCACUCCCAAAUCAACCCAGGGAGGGGCCAGUACAGUAGGGACAACAGCACAGACCACUGUAGCCUCUACUACUGUAACACAUGUAGUUACAACCGUAGAGACUACCAAGAAGACAACGAUGGCACCCACUUCAGUACCUGGGGCUUUGGCAACCCCAAAGCCCACUUUGCCAUCACAGGCAAUAAACUCCUCACCUUUAACCUCAGCUAAAAUUAAGGACCAGGACAGUAACACCAGGAAGACCACAUUGAGUUUCUUUACUACAUCCUCCAACAUCUCUGGGGGUUCAGCUCCUCUGACCAGUGUCAUGACUUCCACCCUAGUGCCAGGAGCCUCUCCUUCUGUUACCUCACCAGCGACCACCAGCGUCACUUCCAGAACUAGGCCGGCUGUGGCCACCUCUGAGGCUCCAGUGUCCUCUGGGAAUGCAACGUCAGAUACCUCUGUGGGUACAGCUUCGGUUGCUUCUGGGGACACGGCUUCAGAUACCUCUGGGGUGGUCCCCAGCAGGUCAACUGCAGUUGACUCUGAGAAUUCUACCUCCUCACCCACUAGCCCCUAUUCUUCCCAUCACCAGCCCCCUGCCAUGACAACCUCUGGAUCAGAAAUUUUUUCACCCAUACCCAACAAGAUAACCUGUCAUGCUGACAGUCAUACAACAGAGAAUCUGCUUAUUCUGAAGAUGACCAACUUCACUAUCUGUGAUGGUGUCAAGGACUCCCGUAACCAUCCCCUCUACACGGCACUGUGCCGAGCAGGAAAGGCCAGCUUCAACAAGGACAGGGAUCUGUGUCACGUGCAACUGGUACCCCAGCUAGAGAAGCAAGAGGUGGCAGUCCUCCAUGUCUCCGUACAAACACACCUUCAGCCCAAGGAGCUGUAUGAAGUAUUGAAGAAGAGAUGGGAUGAUUUGAAAGUGUUGGGUGUCAGUAACAUGACGUAUGGAAAGGAGAGUCUGGACAAGGACGUGGAGGACCGAUUCAGCAUGCCUCUCAUCAUAACCAUCGUUUGCAUGGCAGCCUUCCUCCUCCUCGUGGCAGCCCUUUAUGGCUGCUUCCACCAGCGCUUUACUCAGCGCAAAGACCAGCAACGCCUGACAGAGGAACUGCAGACUGUGGAGAACGGGUACCAUGACAACCCAACCCUGGAAGUGAUGGAGACUUCCUCUGAGAUGCAGGAGAAGAAAGUGGCCAAUCUCAACGGUGAGCUGGGGGACAGCUGGAUAGUCCCACUGGACAACCUGACCAAGGAUGAUCUGGACCAGGAAGAAGAGGAUACACACCUGUAAGGCCACAUAUCUGCCAGCUCUGACCACCCCCGUGCGACUCUUGAGACUUAAUCACCCAAAGUGCCACUUGAGCAGAGGGAGGAAAAUCAACCUCCUCCCCACCUUGAGAGAGACAUGAAUAGAGAAAGAAACAAGAAGGGAGCAGAUGCCUACGUGCAGGGUGAUGGGUCUCCUUCCUUCCCACCCCACUUCAUCUCGAGGGGGCUUUAACUUUUUCAUUUUCUAGCCAAUGGAAACAAUUCAUCUUAAGAGGUUAGAGGAGGGCAAAGGGGGUGGGGGGAUGGGAAAAUGGCCACACAGUUUCCCCUGGGUCAGGACAGCUAGAAAGAUAUAAUGGAAAGCAAACCUGGUGUCAGUUUAUAUCCACGUGGAGACCUGUUUUCUAGCCUUUUCUCCUCUUCUCAGGAGUAAAGCUAUUUGUCAUCCUUCCUGUGCCCCCUGGCAAGGGCACAGAUCACCCCUGGCCUUGAACUACUUAUUGUAAGCAAAAUUCUGAUUUCCUUGUUCACCUCUUUGGUGAGGUGGAGAUUUUACCUGCCAGACCAAGUGUGAAUUGUUCCUGCUCAAGGAAUCCAUCCACAGGUGAGAGGCAGGAUUUAAACUUCCUGAAUGGCCAUAGUGGUUGGCUGGCAGGAAGCCUCGGCACUCAGCACCUCGUGGUUAAGACACUGGUUAGAGUGGGUCCAGGGGAAUAGAUCUGCCUGCCUCACAUCCAGCUAACAUCUCUCAACUCUGCUGAAGCCAUUGUGGACAUCAUGCUCUCUGAUCUGCACAUAUUACCUGCUAGGGAGAAUGGAUCCCAGAACCCACAUGGCCCCUCACUCCCACCACUGAAAUAGAAGCUGCUUUUUGGGACAAAGCCCCCCACUCCUGAGGAUCAUCUGUCAGCACACUUUCUUAAAAAAGACAAUCAAUGCAGCAGGAAAGGGUAGGAUCCAUCCAACCCUACAUGUGAAACUCAGGGACUAACCAAGUUGCUGGGAAUUAUUUACAAAGGAGGGAGAGCGAGUGGCAGACCCUCACCUCUUCCCCCACAAACACACAAUCCCAAGAUUAAACUGUCCAGUGGUUUCUAUAAUCUCAUCAGUGUGAGUCUUCUGUCUCCAUUGGUGGGUAUCACAAGCCCGUCCAUGUUUUAUCUUCCGACCAUUCUUGUCCAUAUUCUUCUCUAGAGGUUUCCUACAAAGGAUCUACUUAAUGGGUUAGCAGUGCUCCUCCUCCCUUUUUUUUUUUUAAAUCCCUGGUAGAUACCAGGCGCUACUUGUCUUUGCUCCUAUUAUUUGCCUAGCCGACCUUCUUUCCCCAUCACACAUAACUCAAGCUACUCCUAGGUCAUUGUUGGAUGGUGGCUGUAUAACGCAUUUAUGCUUACCAUGCAGCUAAGUGAUGAGUCACACUAAAAGACUUAUUUCAGUUCCAAUCCUUUAAAGACAGUACAUGUGUAGAUGGGAAUAGAAGUAGGGGCAUCCAGGGUGGAUGUAUACUCAGAAAUCCAUAAGUGUGGAUGACAUCAUGAUGCUGGCAAAACCUAUCUACUGAAAAAGACGGAUUUUUAAAAAAUGUAGUCAUUUAAAAGUUACCUAAAAUGGCAGCUUGUAUUCAUAUCACCUUCUUAAACUGUGCAAUGUACAGUAAUGGGCCUAUUGCUAGCCUCUGAUUACUCUGGAGCAAGUCAGUGGGGAAUACUGGUACCUAAAACUGGCUCAUUUUUGAGAAUUACAGGGAAUUUUCAGUUGGGACACAUCUCAAAACUGACUUCAGGUUUCCAUCACUGAUUGUAAUUUUUAGCUUCACUUUAUGGACUUUCAGGAAGAAAGUAAACAUUCAAAAGAUCAGGUGGACCUAAGCAGACACGGCCUGGAGUUUUGGUCACAGUCUACAAAUUUAGUUGGCAAUUUUCAUGUGUGUUAAUUAUUAUUAACAUUAAGUUUGCUAAGUCUCGGGCAGGCUGCACGCCAGGUUCUGGAAACACGGCAGAUGUUGGUUCUUUAGCUCUAGCAGCACCCAUCCCUGGGGAGCAAUAAUUGAUAUGCAGUAUUUAUGUUUGGAUUCAAACCUGUUCUCACCCUGUUUUGAUGUUCUGCCCCAAUUUUCCUGUGGUGUCCUCUGGGGGUUUCAGAAUUGCCCCCUGGCUGCCCUGAUUUAAACCACCCCCACUCCAGGUCAUCAGGAAUCAGUUUUGGCCUGCACAUUUCCUGAGCUUCCUUCUCUUCUCGGGGCAGCUAGUAGCAGGGAGGAGGAGAGGCUUCUUAGGAAACUGUACUACAGUAGGCUUACCUUCUCAUUUUCUUGAAGUCUGCAGGAGUUUUGCGUGGAGUUUGCACCUGUGCCCAAGGUCCCCAAAUGCCAGGGCCCCUGGAGGUGGUUGUCGAUCAGGCUCCAGGAAGCAGCUGUUUGAGUGCUUUUCAUGGCAUUGAUGCAAACUGGUAGUCUUUUCAGUGCCUCUUUGUCCAGGAGGCAGCAGGCCAAUUUCUUACAGGUUUGACUUGGGUCCAUUUGAACAUGAAUUACACAAAGGAUAUGUGUCAGCAUCCUCUGAUAAGGACAUCAGAGUUCUGGUAGAAUUCACCCUUUUAGGAGUGGGAUUUAUUUUUUAUUUUGUAAAUGCCAGACUUGUGAUUGCUUUGGAGUAGAGAAUUCCUGGUCAGGAUUGUUAGGUAGAGAAGUAAUUGCUCAGUAAUUUACAGGUUAAGUGAUUUGUUCAGUACCCAAACAGUCAACACUGGACUUUGUCAGGAUUUGAACAUAGGCUUUCCUGAUUGUGAGGCUGGCUCUCUGGCCACUGCCAAAGUUGCCUAUCUUGAGUUAUUAAGUUUAAAGGGUCCAAAGCACAAACCUCUCAGUGCCAGAACUGCCUCUGUAAUUACCUCUGACAAUGAGUUGGGACAACCCCAAGCAAAAAGGACCUUUCCACCCAAAUAUGGCUCACAGACUCGAGGGCUCUUAUGGGCAUUUUGAGCAAGCCCAGAUUUAGAGUAACGUUAAGCCAGCACCACCCAUACACAACAACCACAUGCCUUUUGCAUUGCUUUCUUUUGGACAAUUAGGUUGGAGAAACAAAGGAGAUGUAUUUUGAGUAAUUUGGUCCAGAAUGAAGGGGUCUGCUCCUUUGUGCCUAGUGUUAAGGCUAGGUUGAUCUUCUUGCUCAUUUUCCAAGUGCCCCAUGCCUUAUUAAUAGGUGAAAAAACUAGUCUGUAUUCUCCUCUGGAAGCUGUUGCUUAUUCCUGCUGCCUUUAACCUAGGCAUAGCCAUAUUGUCCCUGGCAAAAAGACCAAAUCAGAGGAAGCCUUGUGUUGGGGGCCACAGGAAGCUUCUUUAGUUGCAACAUGUCUUCAGGGGUGAGAUAGUUGAAAGAGUAGCUGAAGCCCAGACUGAGAUAAUUCAGGUUAUAACUCUGUUACGAAGUUUUGGGAUGCUAAAUAUGUAUCUUCUCCAUCAUAGUUACAUUUCUGAAAUUCCCCAGAAGGCUCCAGGAUCUGGAAGUCUUUUAUCUGGGUAGUACUAUGCCUAGCGCACAAAAUCUAGUACAUUGUGCACCUUGCCGCCGCCAUCCCCCACCCAAAAGACAGUUGGGAGGUUACCUCAAAGUCUCAGUCAUUAGUUGGAAGAAUACAGUUCAAGUAAGCAUGGGUCCCCAAAAAGGCCAUGAUAAGAGGAAUUUUGAACUUCUAUUUUUUAAAAAUAAAAAUUUUAUCUAUA